AUGGUCUUACUACUCCUCUUCUGGCUUGUGCUACAGAUCUAUAAUUAUAUCAAUGUGUACCUGAAUGAGGACCUCAAUCAGCAGAGGACUCAGAUGCUGCAGGAGCUGGCCCACGGGACCAUGGAGCAGAGUGUCAGGUCCUGGGGAGCCGUGCUCUGGGCUGCCUUGCAGCAAUGGCUGUUCUGGGCUAUUGCUGGAAUCCUGGUGCUGCUCUUGGCACUCUGCUGGUGGCUCAGGAAAAGGAUCUGUGAGGUGGACAACAGCAGGGACUCAGAGAGUGAAGAAAGUGAGGAAGAAAAUCCUGCUGAGAUGAAUAUGAUCUGGAUCUUUUCAAGACGCUUCCAGCUGUCAGUGCCGAAGCUGGCCUCCAGGAGACGGGUGGUGCAGGAGCUGUUGAGUGACCUUCUCAAUGUCUCCCAUAGGCUCUUUUCAGACAGCUUCUUCCCGAUGCUGGAACCAGUCAUUGGGGUGGGCAGUGCCUGUGAAGGUUGGAGUCCCCAAAAGGAGGAGGAUGUUGUCUACUGCAUGUUUGUGCCCUUGAAGCCACCCCCUGGGUAUGCCUUCCACCUGGAACCAGACACCACGGGGGACAUGCCACAGACGAGCAUGCGUGUCCGUGUGGAGCUGGUGUGCACUUGCACCAGGGAACAGAACAUGCUGUGCUUUCUCCACCACUCUGAGGAGGAGCUGAAGAGAAAUCAGGUGGCCAGCCUUCUACACACCCUUUGCACUGGCCCUUACCUAGAUGUGGAGAAAAUUACCCUCUGGUUCCAGACAUUUGUGAUCUCAGCCUGGUCAGCGGUGCCUCAGUCCCGUCACUAUGAGGUGCAGGUGCUGCCCUCCAGCCGCUCCUGCAAGAUGAAGCUGACGAAAGCCUUUGGGAGAAGCCUUUUUGUGGAAACGAUAUUUAGUGUGCAGCAAGGUGACUCGGACAUCUUCCUGAGUAGCCAGCCUACAGAGGCCCCACUCCCCCCAAGCACGACGUGGCUGGAGACCUAUGCUGUGGCAGAGGCAAAGUUUUUCAGGCAUGUUGCCAUGCAGGCCCCACCACACAGCUGCCACCUCAAAUGCCUGCGGCUCUGUGCUCGCCUUCUGGAGGGCUCAGGCUUUUCUAUCUAUGCCUUGAAGACCACGGUCAUGCACCUCCUGACCCUGAUUCCUCUAUCAGAAUGGCAGCAUGGGUAUCUCCUGCUGCGGGUGGACGAUAUCAUGCGCUACCUGCGCUGUUGCCUGGAGGAGAAAUGUCUCAAGCACUUCUUCUUUGGCAACGAGGACAUGCCUGAGGAGAUCUCCUUGCCCCCAGCCUUCCAAAAGGCACAGCCCCUAAACCUCUUUCAGCACCUGGCACAGGAUCCAGCUGCCCAGACCAAGGCAAUGCAGGAGUUUGAUGAGCUGAAUCAUCACCUCUACUUUGGGUUCUGAAUGAGACAACUGUAGAAUCAUAGAAUCGUAGAACUGUAGAAGUGUAGAAUGGUUAGGUUUCUAGGAAAACACUUCCAAUAUCAUUCUAACCAUACUUUGACCUGGGAGCUUUAGCUGAUGUAAAGUUUACAACAAAUGGUGUGUUUGAACAAACACUGUAUCUCUGAGCAUCCGUACAUCACCUUGGCAUGGAAUGCGGCUGCUCAGCUA